AUGCUCCAUACCUUGCCCAUUAAAGAUGAUACUAACAUCCAGCAGGAUCAAACUCCCUACGAAGACCGCGAACUACAGCUAUCGGUCCAAUUCCCCGAGGCCUACCCAUUCGACGCACCGAAAGUGGCAUUUACCAGCCGUGUCUACCACUUGAACGUGGACGCCAAGGGCGAGGUCCAUCUGGACACUCUUCAGGACAAGUGGGCUCCGAACAUGAACAUGCAUGAAUCCCUCCUGUCUAUUUACAAGCUGCUUAUCGAGCCCAACCCCGAUUUCCCCGCUGAUCCGGAGGUUUCUCGGCUUUGGAAAAGUGAUCGUGAGGCAUACAACCGCAAGGCGAUGGAUACUGUUCAGUGA